AUGGCAGAUGAAGAUAAAGAAAAGGCCGAGAAGGUCGCCGCAGCCAAGAAGCGCUACGAGCAAUUGAAGAAGCAAAAGGCCAAGAAGGCUGGUGGUGCAAAGAAGAAGGACAAGAAAGAGGAGGCAGAAGCCCCUGAAGAAGCUCCUGCAGAAGCUGAAGCUGAAGCGGAAGCUGAGACUUCAACUGCGCCUGCGCCAGCUGAAGAAAAGGCCGAUGAAGCUGCCCCCGAGCCCACAGAGCCCACGUCGCCAGUACCCACCGAAGACGACGAGCCCUCCGAAUUGCCUGUACCGAAGCCAUCCCAUGGCCGCAAAUCUUCUGUCGCCGUCGAGUCACGCCAGAGAUCCGAGUCUUUCUACCGCUCGGGCGCCGGACCAGCAUCCCCCACCGGCCUGGUCCCAGCUGGGGGAGUCUCAAGCGAGAUAUACCGCGAGCAGGUGCAGAAGAUCGCGGAGCUUGAAAUGGAGAAGACCAGAUUGACAGGCGAAGUCGAGGAGUACAAAGCCAAGUGGGAGAAGGAUGAAGAAGAACUGGAAGAGUUCAGAGAAGGCAAAGGAGAGGCUGCGAUUGCGCUUGAGAAGAGCAAAGAAGCCGAUAAGCUGAUGUCAGAGGUCGAAUCUCUCACGCGACAGCUGUCGCAGCUCCGAACGCAGACCGAAAAGUCCACUCGCCGCGCCUCGGCCGCUUCGCCCAGCCAAACAGAGUCAAUCGACGACUUGAACGCCCAGAUCGCCUCCAAGUCGGCAACCAUCGAGUCACUGGAGCUCGAAAUUUCCAAGGUCAACACGCAGCUGACCGAACAAACAAACAAGAACAACGAGCUUCAGUCGAAGGUGUCGAGUCUUGAGUCGGCCCUGCACAAGGCCGAACAGGAAGCCAGCUCAACGAAAACAGAGCUCUCGGACUUGAAGGCAAACCUGGACAAGGCAAGCGAGCAGGCAGUCAAGGAGGGCUCAGAUCGGGAUUCUGCGCAGACACGGAUCGCACAGGUUGAGGCUGAGCUUGGUGCUGCAAACCGUAAGGCUUCAGACUCGAUCUCACGAGCCGAACUACUGGAGAAGAAGAUCGAAACACUCACACAACUGCACCGCGACAACGACACCCGCAACCAAGCCCGACUCCAGGAGCACGCAAAGAUCGAGCGCGAAGCUGCCGAACUCCGAACCCGCGUAACAGGCCUGAGCAACGAAAAUGCGCGCCUCCGCGAAGCCGAACAGCGCCGCCGAAAAGCAAACCUCGACUCAAUCGAGGACUCCAGCGUGCAAGAGCUCGAAGACGAAGAGCGCGAUCGUCUAAUGGCCAAGGUCCGCGAGCUAGAAGAAGAGAAUUUCGAGCUGCGCCGCGGUGUAUGGCGAGACCGUCGUACGGCCAUGCAACCCUCGAUCGACGACAGCGACCCCUUACAGCCGUACUCCAACUCCGGUUUCGACGACGUCGAUCUCUCCGGCGCUCAACCCACACGGCCUAUCGGGCAAAGUCACUCUUCCUUCCAGGACGUGAUCAAGUCUGGUAUCUCUGCGUUCACAGGCCAAUCUCAGCAUCCAGCGCACAGGCGCAGUGACGCUGCGAGCCGCGCGAAGCCGAGGACGGAGAGUUUGGCGAGCUUGCCGAGUUUGGAUGAGUUUGAGAUUGACGAGGAUGCAUUCAGACAGGCGCAGGAGGAGGAGCAGAGGAAGAGGCUUGAGCGCAUCAGGGAGACGAAGAGAGGACUGGACGACUGGAAGGGUUGGAGGGUUGAUGUCGUCGAUAUUCGAGUGGGCAUGGGCGGAGUCUUUGAGAUAUAG